AAACGCUAUUAGUGGACUACAAAAUGUCAUAUUAGGCUCUAUACAAUUGCUUUUUAGUGACAACUUUACAUCAGUUGCUCCACUUAAUACUUGCAGGAGUAGUGUACGUGAUGACUGCAAAAGGUUUCUUUAUGCUCCUUUUAUUGUUGAGCUGUCAUCUAGUGAGCUCAUCUAAAAUCAUUUCAUCUGUUCUCUCAGAUGAGGCUAAUGGGUGGUUUAUACCACUGGAUGAAAUCCAGCCUCCAUCUUAUCUAAACAGCUGGGCUGUCUUUCUAAGCAAAGAUGCAGGAGAAGGAACAGCAGACAGCAUUGCCCAGCAGUGUGGAUUGAUAAAUCGUGGAAAGGUUGGUAACUUGGAAAAUGUAUAUCAUUUUGCUGUAGAAGAUAAUGGAAAUGACUUAAAAUCAGAUAUGCUGGCUCAAUUGUUACAAAAUCAUAGUCUUGUUGAUCGUGUUACACAACAACUAAAGAAAAUCCACAUCCAGAGAUGGUUUAGCCUUCCCAGCGACCCUUUGUGGUCCAAGCAGUGGUCAUUGUAUAAUACUGGUAGCAUUACAAACUCAGCAGUGAAUAGAGAUCUUAAUGUUGUUCAUGCAUGGGUCCAAGGUGUCACAGGUGAAGGCAUUAGAGUAUCAGUUGUGGAUGAUGGAGUGUGUCAUGCACAUCCAGAUCUGAAGAACAAUUAUGAUAGCAGUGCUAGUUUUAAUUUUGUUGAAUUCACCAAUGAUCCCACCCCACCAAACCCUAAGAAGCAAUCACAUGGAACCAGUUGUGCUGGGAUCAUUGCAAUGCAAAAAGACUCUGGGAUUUGUGGUGUAGGCGUCGCUUACAAGGCUAGAAUUGGAGGUAUUCGAGUCAACUUGAGUUCUUCAUCAGAUAUAAUUGAGUCCAGUGCUCUUGGUCAUCAUAAUAAUUAUGUUGACAUUUACUCAAACAGUUGGGGACCCAGUGACAGUGGCUAUGUUGUAGACGGGCCAGGAGAAUUGUUAACAAAAACCCUUGAAAAUGGAGUUUUGAAAGGAAGAAAUGGAUUAGGUAAUAUAUAUGUAUGGGCUUCUGGCAAUGGUGGUAACAAUGGAGACUCUUGUGCAGCUGAUGGCUAUGCUUCUAGCAUAUACACAAUAGCUGUUGGAUCUGCAAAUGAGAAAGGAUAUCAAGCUCUAUAUGAUGAAACCUGUGCAGGGAAACUGGCUGUAACUUACAGCUUUAACAUGGCAUCAUACUCAGCCAGCUCUGACAAUAAUAUGAAAGGACAAGUGCCCUCAACCGUUUCAUACCAGCAGUGCACAGUGUCAUUCAUGGGUUCAAGUGCAUCUGCUCCAAUAACUGCAGGAGUCAUAGCAUUAGCAUUAAGUGUGAAUUCAAGCUUGACUUGGAGGGAUAUCCAGUAUCUGAUAGUGUACACAGCAGACCACACUAAAUUAAAAGGAGCAAAUUGGAGAAGGAAUGGAGGAGGACUGAGAGUGAGCCAUGAAUUUGGAUUUGGAGCAAUCGAUGCUGAAGCUAUGGUAACACGCUCCAGGUACUGGGUCAAUGUACCCGAGAGAGUCUCAUGCUUCAUUAGACCAAAAUCAAGAACCGGAACUAUUUAUGAUGAUGAGCCAGUUACCACUACUUUUAAGGUUAACAGUAGGCGAUGUUCAAUCCAGUACAUCGAACAUGUUGUAGUGCAUAUGACACUUAGCGUGAACAUUGAUGACACGAGUGACUAUCCGGGUUACUAUGGAGAAGAUUACGUCGAUAUAAAUCCUUUUAUUAUUUUCUUUACUGGUCCCAGAAGAGGAGCAAUAACAGUUGAUCUGGGCUCUCCUUUUGGCACAACAUCUCACCUCCUUCCGCAGCGUAAGUAUGAUUUUGUGAAUGACGAGGGCUACAAUCACUGGCCUUUCAUGUCAGUACAGCAUUGGGGAGAGAACCCAAUGGGGUAUUGGAACAUCACCAUUCGCUUUUAUGCUUCUGGAGGCCAUGUGACAAUGUCAAACCUUUCCAUGACUCUUUAUGGAACUGAAAAAAUACCAGAAGCUGUAAAGAACAUACCUAAUAUUUGCGAUCGGAGCUGUGCUAGUUAUCACCGCUGUUCGAAUGCUAAUGGUUCCAAGUACUGCGAUAAAUGUCUAAGUCUGAGGAUGGCAGACAGUCUUCAGUGUGUGACUAGCUGUCCAACCAAAUACUGCAAUGUUGCAGGAUAUUGUGAAGAAUGCCCACCUAGCAAUAAUAAUUAUGCUGGUGUGGUUGCUGCAGCAGUACUGACACCAGUUGCUAUUAUAGGUAUAGCCACUGGAAGUGUGAUUGUUUCCAUAUUUGCAUACUGGAAGUGGAAAAAUAGAGAAGGAUAUACUAAAUUCUAAAUAUACAUUUCUCUUUUGUAGUUUUACUUAUAAAGUAUUAUUAUUAUUAUAAAUGCUAUUGCAACUUGCUGCAGUGUGAUUGUACUAUAAAUAAAAUCAAAUCAAAUUUUCAUAUAAAAUGGGUGGACAACAAAUUCAAAGAAAAAAUCUAAAAAUGAGCUAAUGAUUGAUUAGUUUGUAUAUCUCCCUAGUCUAAACUACUAAGCUAGUCCCACUAAAAUGUUAACAACACACACAUUAUGCCCCUUUACAUAUUAAAGGCAACUAUUAUCAAAAUAAAAAGGAGGAAACUAUUUCCAAUGACUUUCCAUCCUGAAGACUCAGAAGGCAAAUAGCAGUAGCCACUUGCAAUUUCAUUAGGUGAGCGACACUCAGAAGGUUGGAUACAUUCCAGUGAGGUAGCAUUACGCAGCAGAGUGCUUCUACAAGCAUCACAAUACUGAGGACCAGCAGCAGCACAACCUUUAGUACGAGCACAGUCUGAAUGACACUGAGUAGGAAUGCUUGAAACAGAAGAA